CAUCUUGUGACUUACUUCAUGUGGUUUCGCCUAACACAUGAUAUAGGCGAAAGUUCUUGUUUUCAAAAGAAAAAUGUUUUUUAAUGCAGACGAUGAUGAGGGAGAUUUCCUGUCUCCGUCGAGCGGGUCCAAACUUGGUGCAUUAUUUGGAAUUGAUCAAGCAUCUAGUCAGGGUGGGAAUGAGUCACUAAAAUACUCGGCACCAAAACAACCCAGGAAGAAAACAGACACUGCCACUGGGGGAUCUGCCCCAGCUGUUAUGAAUGCUGCAGCUAUCCAGGCCUAUAAAUACACUGAUGGACAGUAUGUGAAACAGGGAAAGCUGGGUGCUGCUGUUUUAGGCAACCACAGCAAUCAAGACUACAAGAUUCUCUUGUAUGUCAGUAAGCAGCAGCAGGUCACCAAUGCAAAGAUAUACUCCGGCUUUGCCUUCACGGUACAACUAAACAACUAUGCAAGUUUUUACGAUGAUGCCAGACAGAGCUGGUCCAUUAUGUUUGACAACGAAGCCUCAGCCAUAGCCUUCACCAAACAGGUGUGUCUGGCCAAAGCCCUCAGUGGAGGUGCCGCCCAGGAAGUGGUUACUCAAGACCUCACCCUUGGGGAAGGAGGACCCUUAGAGAGUGGGGACUCAGCAGAGGUCAAGUACACUGGCUGGUUGCUUAGCAACAACACAUUUGGCAAAGUGUUUGACAGCAAUGCAAAUGCAGAGAAACUCUUUCGAUUUAAAUUGGGCAAAGGCAAGGUGAUAAAGGGCUGGGAUAUCGGUGUACUGGGGAUGAAGAAGAAUGGCAAGCGUCUGCUGGUGGUCCCGCCAGUCUUUGCCUACGGCGAUCAGGGCAUGGGUGACCGAGUGCCCUCCAACUCCACACUCAUCUUUGAGAUUGAGGUCAUUCGGGUUAAGCUCAGCAAAUCAGACUCUCCAACAGAGUCCCCGGCUCCAACCCCUGAGGAAGUUGAUGACACAACUGUCAAAGUUCGAACACGAUCUAUCACAGAACAGCUUGCACAGUCACCCAAGUCUGACAAGGCAAAGUUAAUAUCACGUAUGGCUAAGAUGGGUCAGCCUAUGCUACCUAUGAGUGGGGCAGUCGCAGCAUCACCUGAAGAUGAUGAAGAUGAAAACACACAGUAUUAUAACCAACAACAACAACAACAACAGCAGCAGCAACAACAACAGCAGCAGCCAGUUCAGCCAGUCCAGCCAGCCCAGAGCUUCCCGGUGCAGCCACAAGGGGUGCCAGCCAAUGCGGUGCCAAUGACUCAGCCAACCAUGCCUCAGUAUCACCAUCAUCUACAGAACCAAGUCCCACCCAGUGCUGUCAAUCACAUGUCAGCUCAACCAAUGGUGCAGCAGCAACAACCAGCUUUUGUACAGAACCUCCCAUCACAGCAGCUGCAACAACAACAACUGUCUUUAUAUCAGCCAGUCCAACCUCCUAUUCAGCAACCCCAAGCCUUUCAGCCAAAUGCUAACCCAUACGGAAUUCAACCAGUUCAGUCCUACAAUAACAUGUACCCUGCUCCAUCAUAUCCAGGAAGUAAUCCUACAACAGAUGUGAACACUCCCCUGCUUAUGUCAGAGGCCAGGCAACAGAACACAGAGGUCAGGUUAGCUGUGGGCAAGGUCGGGGACAAGGUCGACAAGAUAUUAGAAAAGUUGGAACACAUGCAGGUUCACGGCACUGGCAGCAGUUUGGCCCUGACCGGAAACACCCCUCCUAUGGAAAAUGGAAUCCUCCUUCACAAUAUACAGAAAGUCAUACAGGAAAACGAGAGGUUAAAAAAAGAAUUAUUUGAAAAAAGUGCAAGAAUAGAGUCACAGAAUGAGAAAAUUGGGGACCUAUUACAAAGAAACCAAAGAUAUGUAGAACAGAGUAACCUGUUGUUAGAACAGAGGAACGAUACCUUCAAAAGCACAGCAGCCAACUCACAAGCCAGGGUAUUAACAUUGGAACAGGAAAAGGUACAGAUAGCCACGGAGUUAAGCGUGGCCACUGCUCAGAUCAGCUCUCUGCAGCUGGAGUUGUCUGCCCUUAGGAAGAAGGAAGGGGACAUGAAACAGCAGCUGAGCACGGUCUUGGAGGACACAGGGAAAAACAAGGACGAGAUGAACAGACUAAGGAUAGCUCACUCAGAUGAAGAGCGGAAAGCUGCAGAGUUAACAGAGGCAUUAAAAGAAGAAAAAUUAUCCCGAAGACAGCUAGAAAAUCAAGUCAGCCAAAUGAAGGAAGAGAUGACAGAUUUGAAGCUGUCCAAUGAAACUUUAGAAAAGAAUCUGUCGGAACGAAAGAAAAAGUCUGGCGAUGAGCGAAGGAAGCUAGAGGAGGAGUUAGAAGAGGUGAAAGCGCAAUACGAGGAAGAAAUCAAUUCCCUGAAAAACAAACUUCGGAAACAGAAAUCCUCAACUGAUGCUGCUACAGCGGAGCAGGUGGCGCAGUUAGAAAAGGAGAUAACAGAGGAGUGGCAGGAGAAGACAGAGAAGAUGAUGAAAGCUGCAGAGGACAAGCACAAGAGAGCUCUUCGGGAAAUGGAGGAGGAAAAGAUACAGGCUCAGCAAAAUGUUAAAGAUUUGGAAAAGAAGGUUCAGGUGUUGAAAAGCUCUGGUAGUGACAGUGACCAGAAGGUAACCAUUUUACAGUCUCGUGUAGAGGAACUGGAGGCAUGGAAAGAUAAGUAUGAUAACCUGAGAUCUCAGGCAGCUGUGAUGAAGGAGAGAUAUGAGGAGAGGAUCACAGAGUUAGAGGAAAGGUUAAAUGAGACUAGUGCUGCAGCUGCCAAGGGGGGCAACUCUCAGGAUGUUGCCAGUGAGGUGAAGAAGAUCAUGAGCUCUGUAUAUCACAGUCUGAGAGGCCAGCUGGAGGCUGAGAAGUCUUACAAGGGACAAGAGACCCUGGCCAUCAUACUCAGCACUAUCAAGAGUGAGACUCUGAAAAUGGUGAAGAAUGAAGGUGGGGAAGCUGAAGAAAGUGAAGAAGAAAGUGAAGAGGAAGAAGAGGAAAGUGAAGAAGAGGCUGAAGAAGAGGAAGUUGUUGUUGAAACCAUAUCAGCCCAAACAGCAAAGCCCAUUCAGGGGGCUUCACCUUCAAAAGUGACCUCUGGUGGGAAGGCAGUGAAGAAAGAGGAGAGAACUAUGGAGUCAAUAGAGGACCAAAUACUUUCACAACUUGUUGGUACAGAAGGAAUGACAGUAACUGACAGCAAGCCAGAAAAAGCUAAAGAACCAUCAAAGGGUGGAGAAGAUGUGAUCAAAGCAUCAACAAAUAAAAUUACUGGUGACAAAGGGAACAAAUAUUACAGUGAGGAAUUAGAUAAAUCAAAAGCAGGAAAGACAGAUAUAAAGGCGACAGUUGAACCCAAAGUUAAAAGUUCCGAAGGAAAAACGGAGAUAAAGGAAGUUAUAGAGCCAGUAAUAAAGAGUGAAAAAGAUGCUAUUACAGGCGAUAAAGGGAACAAAUACUACAGUGCAGAGCUGGACAAGGGGAUAUCUGCUUCAGAUGAAUCUGGGGAGGGUUCUGAAGAAGAUAGUGAAGAUACAUCAGAAAGUGAAAGUGAAAGUGAUGCCAAUGGUGGUGGUGUUGCACAACAGCAGGCAGAUAAAGAAACCAACCCCAUUGAGCAUACUGAUGUGAUAAGUGAAACGGAAAGGGUUCUUGACACUGUGGAUGAGGUACCAGAAAACGAGGCUUCUGAAACUGACAGUGGUAAGGAGGAAUAUCCUGAUGAUGAUAGAGGAUCAAAUGCCCUUGAUGAAACUGAUGAAAAGAAGGAAGUUGGCGAGAAACGUAUGGACACUGAUACAGCUGAGCAAGAUGAAGUUAAAACAGACAUGGGAGAGAUUGGAAAUGAUGAAUCCCAUACUGCUGAUGGUGGCUAUGUUUUUAAUGCUGCUGGCGAUGCGAGUGUUGAUAAUGAUGCUCAGAGCAAUGAAGUUUCACCUCCAAGUGACAGCGCUGGAAAAUCUACCCACCCUGCAGAUAAUGACACAACUUCUCACCCACAGGAUGAAGUUGGCUACACUCUUUCCUCCCAGGAUCAAGUGAUGGAUGAACCACCUAAAGAAGCUGCAGAAGAGACAAACGCUGCACCUGAGGAACAGGCCCAAACAGAAACCAAGGAGCUUAGUCACUCUGGCCGCUCCGAUGAAAUAACGAUUAAAGGUGAAGCUGAUGAGGAAAGCCAAACUUCAGAAGAUGACCAGAAUGAUACAGAUCCUGGAGAAAAGGAGAACAGAGAAAAAGGAGUAGCUGAAAAUACUGUAAAAAGUGAAAUAGACUCUCCACCCAGCAGCACGCAGAGUCCACCUGUCUCCAGUAUGGACUAUGAUGCGCCAUUUGAAGGGCAGUCCAUUGUAAAGGAGGAAACUUCUUCGGAAGAAGAACCUGUUCAGAAAGAGGAGCCCUCUGAUGCUCACCACGUAGAAGAACCUUUGGCAUCAGCAGAACCUUUUGCGCAAGAAAAACCUUCAGAGAAAGGGGAUUCUCUUGCAACUGCUGAAGAUGUGCCUAGUGAGAAUGGAGUGUCAGAAGAAGACAAAUCCAAAAAGGAUGCAUCAAAAGAAGACAAGAAAGCUGAAAAUCAAGAUCAUGCAGGCUUUUCCUCCGCUGAAAUAGAGGCCAUGUUGUUUGGUUCCUCAACCAGCGGGUCUAAGAAACCUUUGCAAGCUGAAAAGCAAGCUGGGAAGGUAGUCGAACCCCUAGUGGCAAGCUCAGCUGCAGGUGUCAGCAUGGGAGGUAACCCUUACCAUGCUGAGAAGCUCGACAAAAAAGGCAAAGAGGAAGUCCCUGUAGAGGUGAUAGAACCAAUGAUUGCCAGCUCGACAACUGCCUCAUAUUUAGGCGCCAAACCAUCGGGAAGGGGAGACAAAUCUGAUAAAAAGCCUGUGUCUGAACCAGAGCUAAAGAAAUCCAGUGGCAAGAUCACUGGUGAUAAGGGUAAUCGUUACCAUGGUGACAAACUGGACAAGUCCACAGUUGUGGAGCCUCUCUUUGGUAAAUCUACUGCUCAUGUGACUGGUGACAAGGGCAACCGUUACCAUAGCAACAAGUUAGACCAAUCAUCUCCAGGCAAAGAAAAGCCACAAGCCGCACCAGUAGUAGAAACAAUGAGUACCAGCUCAGCAGGGGGUGGGCUUAGCGCAACCCCAGGGCAUGCCCCGGGAGUGUCGUCUACCAAGCCCAUCCCCGUGGAGGAACCCAUGAUGGUGGCCAAGUCAGGCUCCGUGUCUAUGGCAGCGCAGCCUGUUAGUGUCUCAAAAAUCUCGAAGUCCAAAGAUCACCCUACAGGAGAUAAAGGGAAUGUGUAUCAUUCCGCUAAGCUGGACCAGAGUAACAAAGACAAAGCAGGUGGUAAAGUUGAGCCCUUGAUACAUCAUUCAGCUGGUCACCCAACAGGAGACAAGGGUAAUCCCCACCACACUGCACACCUCAACCAAUCAGGGAAAGGAGUCCCAGUGGAGGCAGUAGAGUCUAAGAUUGUCAGUUCCUCAGGGGGUUCAGUAAUGAGUGGUAAUCCUUAUCACUCCUCUGACCUGGGAAAGUCCACUCCCGGUAAAGGGGGCAAAGGUCUGCCUGUCGAAGAACCCAUGAUUGCUAGCUCAGCCACAUCCCAAACAAUGGCGGCUAGUCCAAGCUGUAAUAAAAAUUCUGACAAAGAUAAAAAAGAAGCUGUGGUUGUUGAACCAAUGAUAAGUAAGAAAAGUGACCAUGUGACUGGUGACCAUGGCAACAAGUAUCAUAGUGCCAAGCUUGACAAAUCCGCAGAUGGGAAGCCUAGCCCUAAAGCAGCUCCAGUUGUUGAACCUCUGUUUGCCAAGUCCUCUGGUCGUGUGACUGGAGACAAAGGGAACCCGUAUCACAGCAGUAAACUUGAUCGGAAAAAAGAUGGCUCAGCUCCAUUAAUUCCAGCCAUGAAUUCCAGAACGCCUCCCCCAAUGGAUAACUCUCUGUUUGGUGAUGAUGACACGGUAAUGGACACAUUCGGUACAGACUUCAAACCUGCCGACGACAAUAAAGAAAAGGGCAAUAAAACAGACGGAAAGAAGAAAACAGAUGAGAAAAAACCUGGAGAUAAAAAAUUACCCAGUAAAUCUGAGUUACUGUCAGAUGAUAGUUUGAAGGAGAAGCCACCACCUUUGUUCGGUGACGAUGAUGAUGAUGAUGAUCUAGACUGGCUCAGCAAAUAAUCAUCCGACAAGUUUGCACAGACCCAUUUGAAAUUUGGAUGGACCAGAUUUUUGUUUUCUUUUUAGUUUUCCAUUUUAAGAAUAUUCAUUAUGAAGAAUUGAAGAAAUUAAUGAUAAAAAGUCUGAUUGAUUCAUUCACUAAAGUUUUGAGACGUAAGAAGUUGUCGGAAGUUUUGAGACGUAAGAAGUUGUCAGAAGUUUUGAGACGUAAGAAGUUUUCGGAAGUUUUGAGACAUAAGAAGUUGUCGGAUAUAUGCAUUCAGACAUUGUAACAAAUGGAAUCUGCUGACGACAGAUUUGGAACUUCUUCUAACUUACGGAAAGUCUGCAAUUAAAAAUGUUGUCAUCAUAAUGAGAGGGCUAAUGACAUUGGCUACGUUAGCUGUGAUAUGUAUAAGAAUGGAAUCAUUGAAAUCAUCACAAGUGUAUAUUUUAUAUAUAUAUUUGUACAAACUUGUACACAUACAUACUCACAUAUGUAAACCUGUGUACAUAUGUAAAUGUGAAAGCAAUUAAGUGACUGGUAGUCUUGGUGCUCUUUUGCUGUCUUGUCUGUCUAAAAAAAAAUUUCCGUGGUUGUCUGAAACAGUAGUUA